AUGUGUCGCGCCGCCUCUGCCAAGUACGCAUCACCCGGCCACCGCGAGGCCUCUCGCUACAGCCUCGGCUGCUCGAGCCUCUGGCUGGCGGUUCCGUGCAUGCACGGUGUGUUUGGCGUCCACGCUGGCGCGCUCGGCCUCGGUGGCGCCCUGCUCCUCGCCGUCACGUGCGCCGCCUGCCUCGUAUCGACGCUCACCUGGCGCACGCUGGCGCACACUGGCGACCUCUCCGUCUUCAAGGCGGACAAGGCGGUGGCACGGCUUGAGUUUGUCGCUCUCUGCGUCUUUAGCGUAGCCGCUCCACCGCCCGCAGUGCGCCCUGCUGUCACUGCGUGCGUGCUGCCUAUCACUGUUGCCGCUCUGUACCGAGCCGGCAUGGCGCUCGACUCGCGCGGGCACGAGACGGCGUCGCACUGGGCACAUGCGGCCUUCCGCUUUGUCGGCUUCUG